AUGGUGGAGGGCAGCCAGCUGCAGGAGGCCCAGGCCAUCUCUGUGGUCCACAAGAUGCUCCAGCAGAGCUUCAACCUCUUCGACACUGCCUUCUCUGCUGCCUGGGACACCACCCUCCUGAAGCAGCUCCACACUGGACUGCUUGAGCAGCUGGCUGACCUGGAUGACUGUUGGCAGCAGGUGAUGGGAGAGGAAGACUCUGCCCUGGGAAGGACGGACCCCACACAGCCCGUGACAUUGUACUUCCAGGGAAUCCAUGUCUACCUGAAUGAGAAGGAAUACAGCGACUGUGCCUGGGAAAUCGUCAGAAUGGAUAUAAGGAGAGCCUUCUCUCUCUUCAUCAACCAGCUUGCAAGAUAG